AUGAUAUCGAUUUUCGAUAUCGAAGAUUGUCCAUUUAGGAAACAGUUCAUUCAAAUCAUCAUGGAAACCAAAGACGAAGUUCAGUCAGUCGCUUUAAUUGGUUUUGUCCGAAACAUUUUGAAUGUGUUUGAUUUUAUUGGAUCACAUGAUGGCAAAACUUUAUCAUACAAUAUCUUGUAUUCUGACAAUUCAGUGGACACCCUGGAAUUGACAUUUGAUAUAAAAGGAAUAUUAUUUCAAAAUGUUGACAGGAUCAGUUCUGAGGUGAUUCUCUUAAUCGAUGACAGUGGCAUGCGUAUGUGCACAACUUUGUACGAGACUCGUCCACCAGUAAUCCUUGGAAGUAGGAAAGGAAUUCAGCUCUUGAAUCAUUGA